AUGCUGAACAAGAAUAAAUUCGUUGAGCGCCGCCUCUCCAUUAAGAAGAAACUUUAUCAAGUCCUACAGAAAGAGGCCCCCCAUGGGGUUAUCAAAAAUAAUGUUUGGAAUGUGGUGGCCAGUGCCACUGGCCAGCAGGUUGCAGCCCACUAUUAUGGUGUUUCCAAGAUGAACCUGUUAUUGGAGAAGUUUGAAGAUAUGGUGUGUGAGACUGAGCGUGAAGGCAAGACAUAUUUAACAUUAGUCAAGGAUUACAUCCUAACUGAUGAUGAAUCCUCUGAUGAUGAUGGCAACGACAGUGAUGUACAGAUUGAUCAAGUGUCAUCAUCACGACCAACUGCCCCGGUGCUGGAACCAGGGAAAAUAGCCAGCAAUUAUAUGGCCAAUCCAGGAACAGUUGGCAUGAGGAUGCAAAGCCUCCAUCCUACGCCAGUUUCUUACGUCCAGCAGCCCUUUCUUGUUGUCCAACCAAUCCAGCCAAUGCGGUACCAGGCAGUGCAGCCAAGGCAGACUUUCCUAAUGCCAGAACCUCUCCAGCCUAAAACCUCCCACCACAGUACCCAGAAACCUGCUGCUGAUCACAAUAUGGAUUUAGAUGAUACAAAUUUUCCAACUCUAGCUUCUCAAACUCAAACAAAAUCAUCAUUGGAAGUAAACAAAGAUUUACUUCAGAAAAAUUUAAUAUCACUUAUGAAAAACUUUCCCCAGGGAAUAAAAAAAUCAGAGAUCUGGAGAGUGUACAAUGCAACAUACCGACACCAACCAACAGCCAAGAACUUCGGUGUGACCAAACUGACCCUAGUGCUAGAAGAAUUUUCAGAAAUCGAAGAAUUUGUGAAAGACGAGAUACCUUACCUUAGAUUGAGAGGUCAAGCCCCAAUGACAAGCCUUGGCCUAUCUUGGGGCCAGGGAGUACAGAGUCACAUGAUGGGCCAGAGCCAUCGGGAGCGAUCUUCAUCCACCAGCUCAGUGGAGUCUGUGGCCAGUUCCAGCAGUAGUAUGCAGGGAACACGUUACAUGGGCAAGCAUACGAGGUUUCAGUCUCCAGACAGGGAUGUCAUAGAUCUUACAGAAACAUCAACACCAGAAAAUAAAAAGAAUCCAUUUAUUGACCUCACAUCUGAAAAGAGACAAUCUCUCUUUGGUAAGAGUCACAUUAGUAGUAGUCCACAUGAAACCAUCCCAGCAUUACCACAGCAACCAAUGCAACAAGCUAGCAAUGUGUAUGUACAGUCACAAAGACCACCGAUGAUGCCAGCAGGUACACCUUCAGGGGGUCAGGUGAUAGACCUCACAGAGACACAUGUGGUGCCAAUUAGUCAACGUGCGUUUGAGGACAGGGAGAUAAGGGUGUCUGCCAUAAGAGGGUAUGAUGGACGUAGACACCCUCCUCGUGAUGUCCUCGAAAAUGCUGCUAAGGAAUGUGUUGAGAUUUUGGCAGAGGCUAACCAACAUGUUUCCCUCAACAGGGUGGAAGAUCUUAUAAAAAGGAGAUUCAACACAAAUAACAUUAUGAGUCUUGGAAUAAGGUAUUUAGAGAACAUCAGUUAUAUAAAUGAAUUCAAUCGUUCUAUUGCAAAGGUGAAUGCCUACAUCCAGGCCUUUGUAAAGACUAGGUCCAUUUGUACACUGUAUGAACUUGGUCAGUGUCUAUUGGAGUAUGCUCCUGACAAAGAAGAUUUUGCUUCCUUCAAAUUCGGCCCACUGCAGCGUAUGCCAGAGGUAUUUAGACUGUUCAAGUUCCCCACUGACUUUGCAGACAUUCCAGAGAUCACGAGCAUGGAUGUCCUCGAACACUUGCGCAAUUACAUGACGAAGCACAAUAAGUGGUCAGAACGUCUGGUUAUGGAGGAGUUUAUGAACUACCUAGUAGAAGUCUAUUCUGCUGACAAUGCCUACAUGCUUGGAGUUAGACUUCGUAGUCUUCCACUUGCUGCCAUGGUUCUAAAAAAAGCACAGCGUGAUGUUUCAUCAAGUAGAAGGGCUAUUCAUGAAGGAUUUAAGGAGGAACUGAAACAACAGCUACAACAGGCCUUCCAGAAGUUCCGUGCCUCUAUCCUACAGCCUUCAGGUGACUCAUCCCUGCUGGUACGACAACACUACUUACAGCUCAAACCAGAAAUAGCUAUUAUGGAGAUUUUCCAGAAGUUCCAAUUGAUUACCCAGUUGGAACAGCCAAGCACAAAGUUCGAGCGACGCCAGUUUACUCAGUUCCAGAAAGUAGUGUCUGACUUUUUAAUGGCAAUCAAAACAGACUCAUUGGGAUCCAAACUGUUCCAUCUGGCACUGUGUGUCAGCAACACAAUUCUAGAGGAAGCAGCCUGUGAGCUGCUGUCUCCAUCGACAGAAAACCAAGACCAGGGGGAGUCAAAACUAGAUGGAGAACAAAGGCAACCCCCGAAGAAAGAGGUUGUAAUUGAGUAUCUGAAGAAGUACCUGGAGCGUUGUAUAGGCCACGGAUCUCUAAAGCUGUCUCAUAUGGACAUGAUCGAAGAGAAGCUAGCUGAGGACUUCAAUUUCCCAAGUUUUGUUGCCAUGGGAUUUGGCCGUUUCCUGGAGUUUGUCACAAAGGAAGCUAAGUCGUUCCUGGAUGAGUGUGGUGGGAUGACAAUUGGCAUGGGCGUGUCCGGUGGGGAUACUGACUCUGUAUACAGACCACAAAAGUCAGAAGUACUUGAGCUCAUGCACCAGUGUCGACAAUGUGGCAUAGAACAGAAUGAGGAUUUGGUGAAGGCCAUUUGUCAACAAUUUGGUGUGAAGGAACCAAAGCAGCUUGGAUAUGGAAAUAUUGGGCGUCUUCGCACAGAGAGUGAACGACCAGGCAAACACCAAUCCAAGGAACAUACAGUGCUAUAUGAGUCUGCUCUUGGCUGCAAUCAUAGUUUGACACCACGAGGUCAGGUUGGUAUACUUGGUCACCAGGCAAGAGAGACAGCUUUAGCCUGUCUACACAACUGCCCCCUGCUGGAGGACCUGGCUGGCUGGAGCCAGUGGACACUAGUAUUUGAGCCAGAGCAUGGCAAACUGAAGGAUUUCCUACAAAAGUAUGGUGGCUCUCAUAUCUCCACCAUUGAUGGUAAGCGUCUCAUGACAACAAACAUCCUAGCAAUGGAAAUAAAACCUGGCAAGUUCCUCAAGCUGACUAGUCAGACGUCCCCAGAAAUUUUUGAGCAAGCUCUGAUAGCCCGUAAUGUGACUGAGGUGUGUGGUCACCUUAUGUCCAUGGUUGUGACCAACAAAGGUCUGGACAACACACCCCUGGCCUUGCUGACCAACCACCUAAAGACAGCUCUUUUUACUAUGCAUGGAUCAGAGAGUAGUCACAGCCUACCAGGAGCACCCCCUAUGGGAGGAUCUGCCAAUGCAGCUGUGGUAUUUGUAUUGAACUGUCUAAUGAAGUUACCAAUCCGUAGCUGUGUGUCCAUGGCUGAUAAGGUCUUCCUUGAACCUCUUGGACAUGUAGUGGGCUCGACUAAGUCCAAGUCACUGCUUAUGGGGGCGUGUCACAGCGUGUAUGAGAUGAAUCGGCUACAAGAACUUGGCUGUCACCUAGGCAUUGAUGACUGGACUCAUCAGAUACAGAAGAAAAGUUCCCUGCCUGCAGACGCCAUUGAGGAAAUCCCCACCGAGGAAGCACAGGAAUUUUUCGGACAAGUUGUUCAGGUGGAAGAGGAUAGCGAUGAAUCUGAUGAUGAGUCCUCAGAUGCUUCCUCCAUCCUAUCCAGUGAUGAUGAGGAGGACAAGAAUACAGAAGAAUCAGAUGAUGUUGUAAUCGUAGAGGAAGCAGUAGUUAUUGGAGAGGAUACUUUGGACAGUCAAAAGGCAAACAGUGUCAUAGAUGUCACAGAAAAAAUUGUGAAAGUAGAAGGAACUGAAGACAAUGAAGAUGAUGGAAACGAAGAAGAGGACAAUUUGACUGAAGAAGAAAAACGGGAGCGACAUUGUCACAAAAUAAUUGACAAUAUACGUCGUGAUGAGUUUGGGUUUGGUGUAGAACUCAAUGAGGAUGGCCAAAGACUGAUGCAGGUCCAUCAGGAGAGACUCGGGCGUAGUCUGGACAGACUGUCCAAAGACCUCUACAGCAAGGAUACCCACUUUGUGCUGGAGCUGGUACAGAAUGCUGAUGACAACACCUACCCGGACACGAUGAUCAGUGAUAUGUGUCCCUCUGUAAAAUUUAUAACAAGACAGGAUUCUGUUAUCGUCCUCAACAAUGAGUGUGGCUUCGAGGAGAAAAACAUUCGUGCUCUUUGUGAUGUAGGCAAAAGUACAAAAGGAAAGCACACAUUUGGGUACAUAGGCCAAAAGGGUAUAGGAUUUAAAUCUGUGUUCCGUGUGACAAGUCGGCCAGAAGUUCACUCAAAUGGCUACCACAUCUGUUUUGAUGCUAAGAGUGGGCCUAUGGGAUUCAUACUGCCCCACUGGACACCGGAUACCUGGGAAGAUGGCAAAGAUUGGACUACAAAGAUAGUGUUACCAUUGAAAGCUGAGAUGGGUACUACCGUGUGUUCCCUGGCAGCCAGGUUUGACGACAUUCACCCUUCACUACUCCUUUUCCUUCAUCGGCUCCGACAGAUCACCGUCCUUAACAAGGUGGAUGACUCUACACAAGUGAUGCGUCGUCGAGACCUUGGUGAAAGUGUAGUGGAGAUAGAACACAACAAAGGUACAGAUCGAUUUCUAGUGAUCAAGAAGUCCCUGGAUGCUUCUAAGAUUUCUCUACAGGCUAAAUCAGGAGUAGAAGUAGAUUCCACAGAAAUUGCUAUGGCCUUCCCACUGAAGGCAAAGGGUCAACGAGGAUUUUCCCUGACCGCUCAGCCAAGACAACCAGUGUUUGCUUUCCUGCCAUUGCGCAGCUAUGGCUUCCGAUUCAUUGUACAAGGUGACUUUGAUGUGCCAUCGAGUCGUGAGGAUGUAGAUAGGGACAGUCCAUGGAACCAGUGGAUCAGAAAUGAGCUCCAUACCCUGUUCAUCGAAGCUUUGGAUGUGUUCAAGUCUCACAAGGAGUUCUCUGCCCUUGAAGCAGUCACAUCCUUCCUCCAAUUUGUCCCCAUGGAGGAUGAAAUUCUUGAUUUCUUCCGACCUGUUGCCUCACAGAUCCUUGCUAAGCUAAAGGCAAAAGCCUGUGUACCUACACAGCCGAACAGUAAAGGUAUGAUUACCUGGAAGAUGCCGUCACAAACCGUGAUAGUUCGAGACUCGUUAAUCUGUGAACUUAUCACACCUGAGAUGCUGCAGAAACAUCUGAACCUGUUUUAUGUCCACCGUGAUCUUGCCGAGUCUCUGAACACCACCCUGACACAGUGUCUUGGCAUCGAGUGCCUAACCACUGACCACCUAUUACAGAUCGGAAAGGCGCUGAUUCUUGACCGCAGUCAAGAACAUGACUUUGACAGUCAGAUCCUCAUCACUGCCAAGUGGCUAGCAUGUGUUUAUCGAAGUCUUGACGAGUUCCAUGACAACCAGACCAUCCUGGAAACAUUGAGCACCUUGAAAAUCCUGCCACUUACCACCUACCAGUUUGUGACCUUGGCAGAUAAUACCGUCUUUUUUCCACUAACAGAGGACAAGAAAAAACUACAAAGGGGAGACCCAAUGAUGGUUCUGCAGGCAGACCUUAACACCAUCCACCCUCUCCUCCUGGCCACUCCUGACAAUGAGGUGAAUUCACAGGUACAGAAACUCCUCAACAAGCUUAGUGUGAAGCAUCUGACACCCAGUGAUGUCAUCACUCAUCACAUCCUACCUGUCCUCAGCUCCGAACAAUGGCAGACUAAACAGCGGGAGACACUCACCAGCUACUUGAUAUAUAUCAAGGAAUGUUAUGAACAGCAGAGUUCUGUUGUAGAUCUAGAAAACUUGUCUACUGUUGCUAAACUAGUUACCAACCAUGGUGUUAAAAAUCCUAAAGAUGACGCUCUCCACUUCACGCCAUUGUAUGGUAACACCAUUGACCUUCAGGCUAGUUUCCCAGGCUAUGAAUGGAUCCUUGUGGACAGUGUUUACCUUACCAAUUGCAAAACCAGUCAUGAAAUACAGCGGUGGCAUAGCUUCCUGUCCAAACUAGGUGUCACCAACUUCCUGUGUGUACGGUCAGAAAAGGUCCCAAUCGACGCCGCCUCUAUUUCAUCCAGUCCUUGGGCCCCACUGAAAGAGAUGUGGGGAAAUUUGCAGGAAGGGACAUAUAUCAAGGACUGGAGCAGCAGAGAACUGGAGUGUAUUAUCUCAGACAACAAGAGUCCAAGCUCGUAUGAGAUACAGAUGAAGAUGCUUUUUCAGCUGUUAGAUCAUGAAUGGGAUAGUCAGUAUGCUAUGUAUGUGUCAGCUCAGCUGUGUACAGCUGAAGGGAGAUUGAUCAAGGACACAGACUCUUCAUUUAGCAUCCUACUAAGAACACAGAGUUGGCUGCCAGCAUUAAAGAAGGACCUGGUAGCUGAAGUUGGUGGCAUUGUGCGUACCUCCCUUAGUGUUGCUAUGAUGGCACCCUCUUGUAUCUACCUACGUCUGGCACAAAUAGAGAAACAUCUUUCUCAUACAGUGCGCUACCUAGACGCAGUACCAUCCAAUCAAAGCAGCUUCUGUCAAUUCCUCAGACUUAAGACUAAGGUGGACCUUGAGGAGGUGAUGAAUAGUUUGAUUAGCUGGGGUGCACGUUCAGUUGAGGUUGAGCCAGCAGUCUUCUGUACCAGUCUUCAACACAUUAAGACAGUGUACCGCUAUUUACUUGAAAAUUUACCUCCAAAGAAAUCACAAGACUUAUUAAUGGAAAACCCUGUAAUCUUUGUUCCAGUGGUCACAUCCUUCCCAAACUAUAGUCCACCAUCUACAGCAGAUGUGGCUGGAAAAAUGAUGAGUAGACAGGAGGUUUGGUGGACAGACAGGACAGGUCUGGUAGAAAAACACAGAGAACUUCUACAAGAGUACCACUCAGAUCUGGCCAAGAAACACACAUUGGGCGAGAUCUACCAUGACACUGAUAUCAAAGAGUUCUUUCUGCGUGUAGGUAAGAUGGCUUGUCAGCCUAGCAUGGCAGAGUAUGCUGAGUUACUGGUUCUGCUGACCAGUGUUAUGCCUUCAGUGGACAAAACUAAGCUAUGUGAUGUGCUUCAGCUUUAUUCCACAAUUGGCUCUCUCCUUCGAGAACCUGGUACCGAUGCCAGCCAAUCCAACCCUACUGAUCAAGAUGUCAACACCAAACGACAAAUCCUUGACAGUGAGAAGCGUGAACUCCUUGGACAGCUGAAGGGUCAAAAGAUUCUGGCCACAAAGACAGGACAGUGGAUCAGCAUCGAACAGAACCCUAUGAUCAGUGACAACCGGGAACUAGAGAAAAUGUUCAGUGAAAAGGCAGAUGUACAUUUCCUGGAACUAGAGGAUACUAAGGGGAAAGACAAACGGGGACGCCAAUCCAAACCUUAUGAUGAGGAGGCACUACAUGUGUUCCUGAAGCUGUGUAAGGUGUGUAGCUUGACAGAAAGCGUGGAGUCUGAGGAAAUCACACCAGACUUCCAAGAAUGUCCCAAACUUCAGUUUUAUGUACACAAGGCCGUUCCUCACAUACAGGAGUUUAUAUACAACAGAUAUCCAAACAUUUAUCAAGAGCAGGUGGACGAUGGAUUUGCGGCAAGGCUACUUCAAAUGAAAUUUUUCCAGGUUUCCCGGCUAGAGGUGCGUUACUUCCUGCAAUCUCAACCAGAAAUAUACCACAUACGGCCAGAGAAAUGUCUUAUUAGAGGGUCCACCUUCUUCUUCCACAAAGACAACCUGUCUUCCUACCAGGACAUCAACAAGGAAAUCUCCAAGUUCUUCAGCAGAAAGGAUGAGAAAUGUUCCCGGGAUCUCAGAACAUUCCUGAACAGUAUGAUGCCAAUUCUUACUGGCCAAUCAGAUGGUUCCCUGGACGAAAUAUGUGAGGACCAUGGCGUUACAGAGUUUCUUCAGGAAGGGGAGGAGCUAUGGAUUGUUCCACCACCUAUAAUGCCUGUUGUUCCAGAACGUAAGCCCCAAGCUGUUGCUGUGACUGCUCCAAGUGAAAUAAAAGAUGAUAAGUCCCAACCUGAGGGCGAGCCUAGACUGACAGCAUGGCCACCUGCCUCUGAUACCAAUGUCAAGGAUCAUGAGGGCAAGAAGAAAGCUCCAAGAGAGGAAGGGUCUACUGGCUCUAACAUAUGGCCACCUCCGAAGGCACCUGAUUAUAUUCGCAGUGUGAGAGAGCUCCCAUCAGGGGUUAAAGUCAUAGAUGGUGAGGAAAGUUCUGAAAAGAAAACUGUAAAAACAGAGAAGUCUGAAAGAGACCUGGAGACCAAAGGUGGUAUCGUUGAGACUGGAUCAGUUAGCCAGUUUACUCCACAGGACAGCUCAGGAGAAAGUGGUAAAAAUGGAAUGAAGCGUAAGCGAGCAGAUGACAGUCAGUCAGAAUCUGGAGAAACCAAACGCCCAUACAGCACAGGGGAGGCUUCAGAACAGUCUUCUGAUAAUCAGACAGUCAAAAGAUCAACAUCCAUCCAGUCAGAGAGCAGAGGAGACAGGUCCUCUGGUCAGAUUGCCACUGUUGAGGGGCAGAAUGAAGAAAAAGAGCCCGGAACCCAGAGCAGUAACAAGCGUCGUCACCCAGACGAUGGAUCACCUCAUCCUCCAUCCACCAAGAAGCCUCUCACUGGCGUGCACUUCGGUGACCCAGCCUGGGCUACUGUUUCCAGUGAGUAUGUCUACGAAGAGCUGAACAUCAGAAAAGAUCUCAAACUGCCAGAGAACAUAGUCCUAGAUUCAGGUGCUGGGACAGAAGCAGUUGGCCAGUGGGGAGAAACUCUUGUAUAUUACUAUCUCCUUCAAAUGAAAGAGGUCAGUUCUGACAUCAUCCAAGUUAUAUGGAUGAAUGAGCAACAGGAGACAGGGUUGCCGUAUGAUUUUGAAAUGCAUGUUGCCACAGAAACUGGAAUUUCUGUGAUAUAUAUUGAAGUGAAAAGCACAGUUUCUGACAAAAAGGAAGUUUUUGAAAUCUCCGCACCACAAGUUAAGUUUGCUCAGGAACAGAAAGAGAACUUUUGUAUCUACCGAGUAUUUAACGCUGGAGAUACAGAUAAUGUACGACUUGUAAGAAUUCAUAACCUGGCACUCUGUAUGGAGCAGAAACAGGUACGCCUGUGUAUGGUGAUAUAAAUUCACAAAAACCAUGUGACGAGACAAGGUCGCAAAUUCUGUGGAGUGUGUUGAUGAUAGCACAUGUGGAUGAAAUUUGUUUCAAUGUGAUAUUUGUCGUGAUAUCGCAAAUAAGUUACUACUUAAGCAUUAUAAAUCUUCAGAAUUAUGCAGUGUUGUUGCUUUGCAGAAUUCAUGUGUGGUUCAUGAAUUAUAUUGGUCUCCUAAAGCAUCUAUAUUCAGUUAUAACCUUGACCUGUAUAUUAUACUAAACACCAGUAUACCCUUGUAUUGUGAUAUAGACAGAAUUGAGUAAACACAGGAUACAUACAUUGGACCUGGAAUAAGACAUAUUUCCUAUUUUAAUGUGAUAUCCAAUUUUUUAUCUUAUUAUCAUCAUCUCUUUAUUACUUGUAAUGUUACUUGGGUAAGGUCUUUGAACAAAUAGUCAUAAGACAGAUUAAAUCUGGAUUAAAAUUAGAAUAGGACACUUUAAUCACUGUAGAUGUUGUAGAUGUAUUUUUUGUUAGCUCACAUUUUUAUAAUUUUAUGAGAGAUUAAAAAAAAUGUAUUUUUUUACAGAAUCCAUGAACCAGACUGUUGUUUUCUUGAUAAAUUUUAUACCAACAUACCUUUUUUUACAAUUAUAGUCCUUCUUUGAAAAGAAGAUUGAAAAAUACCAUUUGAUGGCCCUAAUGGUCUUUUAUGUGUUUACGGGCCUUUAAGAAUGUAAUAAUGAUAAUGAUUAUUAUGAUUGGAAAAUAGAACCCACUAAAAUAAUAAUCUCCUACUUGGGCUGCAAAGUUUGUCAGUAGUCAUAGUUAUCUCAUGUUUUACAAUAUUAACCUUUGAAGGUGUAAACAAAACUGGAGAUCUACUGUAUACUACUCACGAGGGUUUUAAUUUCACUUAACUCACAAAUGCAUCAAAAGAUGGAAAACUUAACACCUCCGAGAUCAUGUCGAUAUAAUCAAGGUUUCACAAGUCAACCUACCAGUUGAAAUAACCCUGCCUCAGCCGAAAAUAGACAUAAAAAGGAACUUGUAUAAGAUGGAGAUACAGUUUGAAUUCCUGUGACGGAGAAUGUCUUUUUCAACAUUUCCUCAUCCAGUAACAGUUUCUGUACCAUUAACACCAGCUAAGUACCAGCUUGAUUGUCCACAGUCACAUAUCAACAAAGUGUUCUGAAAUACCUGUACUCCAAAUUAUUAUGUUAUUUGCAAAAUUUAACCCUCGUGAAUAAGUUCUUGACAGAAAAUUGCAAAAUUUUGAACCUGCAAAAUUCAACAAUAUAUAGUAUGAAGAAUUUGUUGUUAUAUGAUAAUGUGCCAUAUGUAAUUGUUUACUAGGUUACAGAUGUGGAAGGUCCCAAUGACCAAUUAAAAUGUGUUUUCAUCUAUUUUUUAUUGUUCAGUGUCUAUUAACAAUUCAUAUUUUCAACAUUUCCAUAACAACUAGAAGUUGUAGAGCCAUUAGAUCCCUCAAUAUAGGCAGUAAGACUGCUCAUUCAUACAGGAGUCACGCCAUAUUUUGUAUCUUGAUACCAUCCAAGAUGGAAAGAUAAUUUUUCAGUCGUAUGUCGUAAAAAAUAAUAUCACAACCCAUAUCCUCAGUUAUUGCCUUUGAUUGUUAGAUAGAUAUUUAGAAACACUUGACCCAUGGGAAACUACAUUCCCAGUGAUUUGGGCUAUUGUCAAAUAUCUAGAGUCCUCAGAUAUUUAGGUGUCAAGGCUUCGUAUUCACCCUGUGGUAAUUAGAAUUAAAUUUAGCCAGCACUAAGCCUGGUAAUAAGCAUCAAUACAUAAUGUUGUUUAAUAAAAAGCAAUGCUCUAUCAUUAUUCUGUGAUAAGCCCACCCCCUUAGUAAGAAGUAGUGUUUAAAGUCCCUGGACUUAUGUAGUAGUUAUGAUUUUUUUUACAUAUGUCUUACCUUUAGCUAUAACAAGUCCCCUUACCUUCAUUUUAUAAUAAUAUGAAUUUAAUGGUUGUUUUAUCAGUAUCAGGUGGAAUCAAACGAUACCUGCCUUCAUCUAAUGGAAUAUUUUCUUAUAGUUUUUAGGUCGCCUGAGCCAAAGGCUCAUGGUGACCCAUUGCCAUCAUGAUUUGUCUGUCGUCGUGCGUCGUUAACUUUUCACAUAUUCCACUUCUUCUCAAGAACCACUGAAUGGAUUUUGACCAAACUUGGCACAAAGCAUCCCCAUGGGAAGCCGCUCCAAGUGUGUGAAGAAAAAGGGCAUAGCCCCAAUAGGGGCCCCAGGAGGGGGAAAAAGGGGGUAAAAUUAGGUAAAUCUUUAAAAAUCUUCUUCUCAUGAUUAAAUACAUAUUUGAUAUUUAGGGACCUUAUGGCAAGGUCUACAAAGUUUGCUAAUGAAAAAAAAAUCGGGUCAAAAACGGCUCCACUAGGGGGCGCUCAAAAGGGUCAAAAAUUCAACUUUGACCGAUUUCAACCAAAUUUGUAAGAAAGCAUCCCUUAGUGAAGGACAUAUGAAAUUAUGUUGAAAAAAGUGAUUAUGUCCCCUUUGGGGCCCAUAGGGGUGUAAAAGGGGCCAUAUGUAAAAACCUUCAUUAAAUGACUACUUCUCAAGAACCAGUGGAUGGAUUUUGACCAAACUUGGCACAAAGCAUCCCCAUGGGAAGCCGCUUCAAGUUUGCGAAGAAAAAAGGCGUGGCCCCAAUAGGGGCCCCAGGAGGGGGAAAAGGGCGAAACUUGAUACGAAUGUUCUACACAAGGUCCUGGCAAGUGUUUUAACUUUUUGGGGCGAUUCAAAAUCCAAGAUUGCCACCCUGGCCUCUGUUUGGCUAAGACAUUAUGGACUUACUCUUAAGAACCAUUGGGUGGGUCAUGUUCAAACUUGGUACAGAUGUUUUACACUUGGUCCUGCACAAGUGUUGUUACACUUUUGCAACAUUUUAAAAUCCCCAGAUUAUUGACAUAUAUUCCUCAGGUGACUGUUAAGGCCCAUUGGGCCUCUUGUUAUUGUUAAAUAUCAGAAUCAUCUCUGCUGUGAGCUUUGCUGAUUUUUUUUUUUAUUAUUAUUUAACUGGUAGAGUAAGUGUGUAACAAUAUUGCCUCUGUAAUGCUUUGGUAGAUACAGGUUUGGUAAGAAAGGACUAAAGUGAUGAAAUGAAGUGUUGUUUUUCAUGCUUGUAAAUUUAAAUCUCUUUAUCAUUCAUGAUAUAACCCGAGAGACAAAUAAAAAAUAAUGGUUCGGGGAGCUUGAUCUAUUUUCUGAAUAUCCUCACUCCUUUUCAAUGGCAAGGGGUAAAUGCUUUUGUUUUUAACUUUUAUUUUAAAUCAAUUAGAUAACUCCAUGUCCUUAGCGUUUUUAGCUAGGAGUGUGUUAGUAUCAAUGAAACAAAAGUAAACACUAGCUGCCUUCAUCUGCUGAAAGGCUGUAAUAGUGGAUGUAAAACCUGCUAACGAAACCUGUUGUAUAUAACUAGGGUAAAGAAAUAUUCUCUUUAUCUUGUUUAGUGAAUUCUGAAAGGAGGUAUUGUUAUGAAUAAUGAAAUCUGUUGCUUUAGGACCCAUGUAGGAACCAUGGAGGUAUUGGUAAAAACACUUGUUCCAUAAAAUACUGUUACUCUGGACAACUGGAGUUGUUUUCUAAAGUGGAAGUAUAGUAACAGUGGUAAAUACUAAAUACAAUAUACAGUUCAGGGAAGGAAAAUGUUCAUGUAUAGUUAAGGUAUUUUAGUCUAAAUGUAAGAGAAGUGACAUCUCUAACAAAUGAGUGAUACAGAAGUAUUGGACAUCAUGUCAAGUCAGCAUUAGACUUUCCUCUACAUUACAUAAAGGGGACAUGUGCUAUUGUUAAGUAAUCACAAGUUUAGAAUACAAUUUUAUUGUUAAGUCAAAGUUCGACUUUAUCCGCUGUACUUGAGUAUGGGACCAGUCAUAAUUCUUACUAGUAUACAUGUUGAUAGUUCAGGCUACCAUAAUUAGUAGUUCACACCAAACCUGUAUUAGUUUGUGUAAAAGUCUUCUUGUGGUAGCUAUGUAUUGUAUACAAUUUGUAAUACACUUGUUAUAGUUUGUAUGUUUUUGUAAUGUAUUGUAUGAAUAGAAUAAUAAAUCAUGAUGAAAUUUAUAA